CUGACUCCACUGAUAUAUCAGUUCGAAAUUGGAAUAUGACCACUGGAAAGUGUACACACAUCUUUCGUGGUCAUACGUCCACCGUCAGGUGUCUCGACAUAAUCGUACCAUCCGUAAUUGGUAAAGGUUUAAAAGGUGAAGACAUUGUUUUCCCUAAAUCUCCACUCUUGGUCACUGGAUCCCGAGACCGUGACGUACGUGUAUAGAGGUUUCCCGUUCAUGAAGACGUGAAAAUCGAUAAAGUCACAUUCGACAGUGGAGAUGGUGAAAAUCCCUAAUUUGAUAGCAGUUCUCAAAGGACAUACUCAGGGUGUGCGCUCUGUAUCUGUAUAUGGAUACAUCGUCAUUUCAGGCUCUUAUGAUGGAAGUGUACGAGUGUGUGACUUACUCGACAAUGGCGAAUGCAAGCACAUUUUGAAAGGCAAUCAAGAUUGGGUAUACUCGACCGUGAUAGAUUACAACAGAAAAGUUUGUUUUUCAGGAUCUUUGGAUUUGACUAUAAACAUGUGGAACUUUGAAACUGGUAAGUUGUUGAAAGUGUUACAAGGGCAUUGGAAACAAGUUGGUUUAUUAGAGCUAGUGGAUGGAGCUCUGGUCUCAGGUGCUGCUGAUGCAACACUAAGAAUUUGGGAUCCGGUAAUUGGCAAUCUCAGAUGUAG